GUAGCACAUGUGGGUAUUUAAAAACAACCGACACUUCAAAAAUACGAGAUGAUGACUGCAAUGGAUUACGGCGGUUUGUUUGCGAGAAGCGGGCAGGUGCAACAACUUCAAGACCAACAUCAACAGCAACGGUGUGUUCUGCAAACCCCUGUAAAAACGGCGGAAAAUGCAAGGAGACUGGUAAUAAAAGACGCAAACGGAGUAAAGACAGCUUUAUCUCGGGGUUAGUCUCCGCUUUAUUUAAACCGAAGGGGAAUUCUGGUUCCGCAGAGAACACUGGUUAUAGUUGUGAAUGUCCUGCUGGCUUUGGUGGCAGCAACUGUGAAAAAAGACAAUGCACGAUGCCUUCAAGUCCAUCUAAAACCAAAACGAUUCAGGACCGAAACAACGUAGGAGAAAGCAUUGUCUACAGGUGUUACUUUGGCUACACAGUUAUUGCUGGGGAUCUCGAGCGAAGAUGUGAAGUUCAAGGAUCGUCAACUAAAUGGACUGGGUCGGCACCAACGUGUGUCCGUAACGAGUGCUUUAGUUCCCCGUGUCAAAAUGACGGUAAAUGUACAAACACUGCUGAAGGAUACAAGUGUUCUUGUCCAACUGGUUUCACUGGAAGAAGAUGUGAAAUAAACAUUAACGAUUGUAAUCCUAACCCAUGCCUUUCAAACGGAAGAUGCCUAGACGGUGUAAAUAAGUACGUUUGCCUUUGUAAUGUUGGUUUCACUGGGAAACACUGCCAGACAAACAUUAACGAGUGUGCAUCGAAUCCGUGUAAACAUGGCACUUGCCGCGACCUUAAGGCUGCAUACGCUUGUCAUUGUGAGUAUGGGUUCACCGGUGUCCAUUGUGAAACGAAUAUAAACGAGUGUGCUUCCCAACCUUGCAAAAAUGGCGGCAGAUGUGUCGAUGGAGUGAAUGGAUUCCAAUGUACCUGUCCAGGUGGGUUCGCAGGUGUCCAUUGUGAAACAAAUAUAGACGAGUGUUUUUCCCAACCUUGUACAAAUGGCGGAAGUUGUGUCGAUGAAGUCAAUGGAUUUAAAUGCACUUGCCCAGCUGGGUUCACUGGUGUCCAGUGUGAAACAAAUAUAGACGAAUGUGCCUCCCAGCCUUGUGAAAAUGGCGCCUUCUGCGCAGAUAAAGUCAAUGGAUUUGCUUGUGAAUGCUUAUCGGGAUAUUCCGGUUUAACUUGCAAUGUGAAUGUAAAUGAAUGUUCCUCGAACCCGUGUCUAAAAGGACUUUGCAUAGAUGCAGUGAAUGGAUACAAAUGCCUCUGUCCGGCUGGUUUCACUGGCAAACGUUGUGAAACAAACAUUGAUGAGUGCGCCUCUGGUCCUUGCAAAAAUGGUGGCGGAUGUGUUGACACAGUCAAUGGAUUCAAAUGCACCUGCCCAGCUGGGUUUACCGGUGUCCAGUGUGAAACGAAUAUAGACGAAUGUGCCUCUCAACCUUGCAAAAAUGGCGGCUUUUGUACAGAUGAAGUCAAUAAAUUCAAAUGUGAUUGUGUGGCCGGGUAUACGGGUUUGACCUGUGAGACAGACGUAGACGAAUGUUCUUCUACUCCUUGUAAGAACGGCGGUAAGUGCAAUGAUGCUGUUAAUGGCUACAGUUGUACUUGCCGUGGUGGAUGGACCGGUCCGUUAUGUGAGGUUGCCAUUGAUGAGUGCUCAUCUAUCCCGUGUCAACACAAAGGUUUAUGUAAAGAUGAGAUCAACGGCUAUACGUGUACCUGCCAAAGAGGAUACACUGGCAAUAACUGCCAAUUUGACAUAGAUGAAUGCAAAUCGUCACCUUGUCAAAAUGGUGGUACAUGUAGAGACGCCGUCAACAAAUAUAGCUGUACAUGUUUGCCUGGAUUUGCCGGUCCUACAUGUGAAACCAAUAUAGACGAAUGUGCAUCUAACCCUUGCAUGAAUGGUGCAACGUGUAUUGAUGGUAUGAAUGAAUUUACAUGUGCAUGCAAACCUGGAUUUGCCGGUCUUACAUGCCAAACCAAUAUAGACGAAUGUGCAUCUAACCCUUGUAUGAAUGGUGCAACGUGUAUUGAUGGUGUUAAUGCAUUUACAUGCGCCUGCAAAGCUGGUUUUACCGACCCUACAUGCAUAACCAAUAUUGACGAAUGUGAAUCUAACCCUUGCAAGAAUGGAGCAACGUGUAUUGAUGGUGUGGAUAGUUUCACAUGCUCAUGCAAACCUGGCUUUACCGACCCUACUUGUGAAACCAAUAUCAACGAAUGUGCGUCUGAUCCUUGCAAGAAUGGUGCAACGUGUAUUGAUGGUGUGAAUGAAUUUACAUGUGGAUGCACACCUGGAUUUACCGACCGUACAUGCCAAACCAAUAUUGACGAAUGCGCGUCUAACCCUUGCAUGAAUGAUGCAACAUGUAUUGACGGUGUGAAUGGAUUUACAUGUGGAUGCACACCUGGAUUUGCUGGUCUUACAUGCCAAACCAAUAUAGACGAAUGUGCAUCUAACCCUUGCAAGAAUGGUGCAACGUGUAUUGAUGGUGUGAAUGAAUUUACAUGCGCCUGCAAAGCUGGAUUUACCGACCGUACAUGCCAAACCAAUAUUGACGAAUGUGCGUCUAACCCUUGCAUGAAUGAUGCAACAUGUAUUGACGGUGUGAAUGGAUUUACAUGUGGAUGCACACCUGGAUUUGCUGGUCUUACAUGCCAAACCAAUAUAGACGAAUGUGCAUCUAACCCUUGCAAGAAUGGUGCAACGUGUAUUGAUGGUGUGAAUGAAUUUACAUGCGCCUGCAAAGCUGGAUAUACCGACCCAACAUGUGAAACCAAUAUUGAUGAAUGUGUAUCUAACCCUUGCAUGAAUGGUGCAACAUGUAUUGAUGGUGUGAAUGAAUACACGUGUGCCUGCAAACCUGGUUUUACCGACCGCACAUGCCAAACCAAUAUAGCGGAAUGUGCGUCUAACCCUUGCAUGAAUGGUGCAACGUGUAUUGACGGUGUGAAUGGAUUUACAUGUGGAUGCACACCUGGAUUUGCUGGUCUUACAUGCCAGACCAAUAUAGACGAAUGUGCAUCUAACCCUUGCAUGAAUGGUGCAACGUGUAUUGAUGGUGUGAAUGAAUUUACAUGCGCCUGCAAAGCUGGAUUUACCGACCCUACAUGCAUAACCAAUAUUGACGAAUGUGCAUCUAACCCUUGCAAGAAUGGAGCAACGUGUAUUGAUGGUGUGGAUAGUUUCACAUGCUCAUGCAAACCCGGCUUUACCGACCCUACUUGUGAAACCAAUAUCAACGAAUGUGCGUCUGAUCCUUGCAUGAAUGGUGCAACAUGUAUUGAUGGUGUGAAUGAAUACACGUGUGCCUGCAAACCUGGUUUUACCGACCGUACAUGCCAAACCAAUAUAGACGAAUGUGCAUCUAACCCUUGCAAGAAUGGUGCAACGUGUAUUGAUGGUGUAAAAGGAUUUUCAUGUGCAUGUAUACCUGGAUUUACCGGCCUUACAUGUGAAACCAAUAUCAACGAAUGCACAUCUGACCCCUGUCAGAACGAAGCAACAUGUGUAGAUGGCGUUAACGGGUAUAACUGUGUAUGUCCGGAAGGGCAUACUGGUUCUUUGUGUGAAAUCGAUAUAAACGAAUGCGCAUCCAAUCCAUGUCUCAAUGGAGGAAUGUGUGCGGAUGGCGUGAAUGGGUAUACAUGCAUGUGUCCCGCAGGGUUUUCAGGCUAUAGCUGUGAAACCAACGUUGAUGAGUGCAAAUCAAACCCUUGCCAAAAUGGCGGCAGUUGCAAAGAUGCAAUCAACGGAUAUAUCUGCACCUGCCCAGCGGGAUUUACAGGACCAAACUGCGAGACUGAUAUCUACGAGUGUACCCCUAAUCCGUGUAAGAAUGGUCUUUGUUUCGAUGGUAUAAACAGUUUCACUUGUAUGUGUGGUUCUGGUUUUGCUGGUCCCACCUGCGAAAUCAACAUUAACGAAUGUGCCUCCAACCCUUGUAAGAACGGCGCAACUUGCACCGACGAUAUUGACAGGUACAAAUGCAAUUGUUUAGCGGGAUAUAUUGGUUUGCAUUGUGAAUCCAAUGUCGAUGAAUGUUCAUCUAAUCCCUGUGGUAGCGGAGGUACCUGCUUGGAUAGUGUAAACGGAUACACGUGCACAUGUCCAGUUGGUUAUACAGGGACUAACUGCCAGACAAACGUCGAUGAAUGUGCGUCUAACCCCUGUGGUAGCGGGGGAACCUGCUUGGAUGGUGUAAACGGAUACAAGUGUAACUGUGAAGUUGGUUAUACAGGGACUAACUGCCAGACAAACGUCGAUGAAUGCUCAUCUAAUCCCUGUGGCAAUGGGGGAACCUGCUUGGAUGAUGUAAACGGAUACAAGUGUAACUGUCAAGUUGGUUAUACAGGGACUAACUGCCAGACAAACGUCGAUGAAUGUGCAUCUAACCCCUGCAGCAAGGGACUAUGUCUCGACGGAAUCGACAGUUUUUCUUGUCUCUGUCAGGCUGGAUAUGCGGGACCAACCUGCCUGAUAGACGUUGAUGAAUGUUCCUCCAACCCGUGCUUAAAUGAUGGUACUUGUGUGGAUAAGGUGGACGGAUACACCUGUAUUUGCCCUUCUGGUUACAGUGGAGACACGUGUGGAGUAUUACCAACUACCAGUACCACCACGACUCUGCCCACCACGACGGUUGCAAAGGAUCCUUGCAAUCCGAACCCUUGUCCAGAAAAAGAACCCGGACAACCAAUUAUGUGUCAACCCUCUAACGGGGGCUAUGAAUGUAUUCGACCAAAUGAACCAACACUUUUGUCGGUGACCGAGCGUGGUUUAGGUGGUGUCAAAAUGCGGUUCACCCUGUUCUUAGUCGUAUUUGCAUGUUUGACGCUACAAGACACGCUUGGGGCAGGAACGCUUAGAAAGAUGAAGGCAAGACCUAAACGUUCAAAGGGGGGUGUUUGCACAUCCCCUGCUGCACCACCAAAUACGGAUGGCAACGUUAACUCCGAAAGCACCUAUAAACCAAACCAGAAAAUAAAGUACAAGUGUUUGAAAGACUACGUACACACAGCUGGUUCCUUGGUGAGGAAGUGUGACAAAGAUGGAACUUGGAGUGAUUCGGAACCGAGAUGUGUUCCCAAUUUUUGUAAACCCCCUAAGAUGCCACCAAACAUGGACGACAAAAUUAAAGUCGAAGAUACAUAUGGCGGCAAACAGAAAAUAAAGUACAAAUGCCAGAAGGAUUAUGCUCUCACAUCUGGUUCCUUGGAGAGAACAUGUGAAAUAGGCGGCACUUGGAGUGGCUCGGAACCUAAAUGUGCCCUAAAAGAGUCCAUAAAAUUCUGUACACCUCCCCAAAUGCCACCAAACAUGGACGGCAAACUUAAACUGAAAGAUACAUAUAACGUAAAGCAAAAAAUAAAGUACAAAUGCCGGAAGGAUUAUAUCCUAACAGCUGGUUCCUUGGAGAGAAGCUGUGAAAAAGGCGGCACUUGGAGCGGCUCAGAACCUAAAUGUGUCCUGAGCUUUUGCACCCGCAAUAACGCACCAAGCAACGUUGAGGGAAUUGUUCCAUUUAAGAACCAUUAUUACCUGAACGAAGCCGUAAAGUACAAGUGCAAGAAAGGUUACGUGCAUCUCUCCGGCCCCGUGAAGCAGACGUGUCGGUUGGGCGGCAUUUGGAGUGGAUCGUGGCCACACUGUGACCUUUGCCCAGCCCUCAAAAAACCAGUCCAUGGUACUAUGCGAGUCACCGGUAACCAAAGAGGACGGACGGUGACAUACACGUGCGACAGUGGGUACAUUAUGACCGCAGGUAACAGAGUCCGUAUAUGCCAGGUGGACAACAACCUGGCACAGCUACGCUGGACUGGCACAGAACCGACGUGCUCAUUAAGUGAAUGCAUCACAAGGUCCCCGUGCCAAAACAACGGAACAUGUAGAGACACUGCAAAGGGAUAUGCAUGCACCUGUUCCUCUGGAUUUACGGGAAAGGACUGCGAAACCAACAUACACGACUGUCAGUCUGCACCUUGUAAAAAUGGCGCCAAGUGCACCGACAGAGUGAAUGGUUUCUCGUGCGACUGCGCGUCUGGGUUCACGGGAGAAACGUGCGGUGUGAACAUCAAUGACUGUCUUUCCUCACCUUGUAGAAGUGGCGGGACGUGUACGGACGGUAUUAAUGGGUAUACAUGUAUCUGUCCAGUAGGAUUCACCGGGGCCAACUGUGAAACCAAUAUAGAUGACUGUGCCUCUAAACCUUGUCAGAAUGGAGCAAGCUGUACCGACGAUAUCAACAGCUAUACGUGUUCGUGUCUUGCAGGAUUUACCGGUCAAAACUGUGAAACAAACGUGGAUGACUGCGCGUCUAAACCGUGCAAAAAUGGGGCCUCUUGUACAGACCUCAUCGCCAGCUAUGCUUGCUCCUGUCCUGUUGGAUUUACCGGUGACAACUGUGAAACCAACAUCGACGAAUGCGCAUCCAACCCUUGCCUUAACGGUGGAACGUGCAGUGACACCAUAGGCGGCUACUCUUGUGCGUGUCUUAACGGGUACAGCGGAUUAUUCUGUCAAACCCAGAGAGACCAGUGUGCCUCAGAUCCUUGCAGAAAUGGUGGAACAUGCAUAAAUAAGGGGCAUGGAUACACGUGCUUAUGCCAGCUGGGAUUUAAAGGAAUGAAUUGUGAGCUUCCUGCGACCACAGUGCCGAGUAUCAACGUGGCAACUACCCCUUCGACAAUGAAACCCAAAGGCUACUGUAUGGCUGACAAUAAACUCUACAAGGAAGGGGAAACAUGGGACAUCGGUUGCAAGCAAACAUGUCGGUGCAUUUCUUCGAAUAUGAACUUCUAUUACUGCGAAGCCAAGUGUAGCACAGAUUGGAGAACGAUGGGGCUUCAGACUGGGUGUAAAGUGAUCCCUCCCAAACCCGGAGAGUGCUGCGAAACGCUCAACUGUGACCAGCUUACACCACCACCGUAAAAUAUAGGACGGCAUGACGUCAGACAUUGAGUUAUCUACAACAGAACGCCCUUAAAAUAACAGUUAACAUACAUGGACGAUUCAACGAACAUUGUAUGCAAAUGAAACUUUUUCAAAUAUUUACCAAAACUAUAAUAUUAUAUAUUUCGAAUAUUAUUAGUAAUGGGUUAUAGUUUUUUUUUUUUCCUUUUUUUUAAAUUAUUAUAACCAUGUUAAGUGAUUUAAAACAGAAAUAAUAAGUUGUUAAAAACUUAAAUGGAAGUAAAAAAUCACAGCAAGGGGUAAUUGGCCUAUGUGUAAGUUGAGAUUUUUUUUUGUGAAAUUGAAGCUUUCUAAUUAGAUGUCUGAAAACUCAUUUCGGUUUCCGGUAUUAUAUAUAUUUGAAAUACCAUUUGGCGGUACGGAUUCGUGUAUUUGUUCUUAUUUUUAAUUAUAUACCAUUGUCACAUUUAAACACAACAUAAUGCAAUUCAAUUAACACGUUAACAUUUGUUAUGAAAAGUGAAAUGUAAUUUAAUUG